UGACACCCUAUGCAUAGCCCCAAAGCUGGGAGGUGUCGGCGCGGCAGACUACCACGCGGAAUACCGUAUUGUACGAGUAUGAUACGGUACCGCAUUUACUGACUAAAUCCACCAUCGGACGUCGGGGGAUCAUGCAACACGCUUUGGUUUACAGUUUUCGUAUCCCUUCACGACUUACUGUCGACAAUUUCCAGGUCUGCCCUUACCUCAAUUACGCUCUGCAAAAUACGAGUCUGGUUUCAACCUGGUGCUGCCCGUGCUGUUUAAUAUCGUAAUAUCCAUGUCACUACCCGUCACUUGAUGUCUUGGCUUUAUUGAGUUUGCCCCCUUGCUCAUCAGCCAAGCUCCGAUCCCCGAUGGUUGGUUUUGUCAGUGAAUAGGGUACGGUACGAGUAUGAUAUCGUACCGGUGCUCGAGAACAUGAGCAUGGUAAUCGCCACGAAGGAGGACCAGACUUGGCCUAAUACUUGUACUCAUACAGCGGAUCCGCCAUGAUAAUAGUUGCAGGAGCCGACAGACUUCCAGAAGAUGAAGAGAAGAUGAGAGAACCACUCCCUAACCUGAUGCGAUAGGCCGCCGAGUUGCUCUUGCCGUUACCGGCCUAACUUCAACAAAAGGGCUUGAACGUUGCACUCCAGAACCCGUGCCGUGCGGGUAGGUUGUGCGAGUACUAACUACUGCAGUGCUCGUACAGUACCGUAUGCAGGCAUAUCAGAACCUCCGCUGCGGCCUGGGGCGCGGUGCGAUGGUUCGGGAGAAAAGGUAGGUCACCCACUACCCACGCCUUUGUGGACAACACAGAGCAGAGGGGAAAAAAAUAGAAAUCAACCUAUCGCGCAUUGCCAAAGUACUCGGGGCAUCGCGCGCCGACCCUAUCAACUUGCAAGGCCGAACCGGGGUUCUAACUCCAUACGUUGAUGAUUCAUAGGAAACCUCCUUGAACGCCCACCUGCGUUUUUCUGCCUACGCCAAGACGCUCAAGCCACCACAUGUCGCCGGGCGACAAGCCAGAGGACAACACCGGCUAGCGCAGGCGAACCACGAUAAUCAGGAGAACGACCUGCCUCUGCAUAUUCAAUCGCACCCCCUCCCCCCUCAAACCAUCGUCAGGAGAACUCUAUUCAUUCCACGACUUUGCUGGAGGGAGAAAACAACCACCGAGAGAAACAGAACCGAAGGGAAAAAAGAAACAUCAGACGAAAGACUCCUCCCUAACCGCGCGCGGGGAAACGGCGAGGGUGGGAAUUCCUAGGCAUCCGACCGACCCUUUAGGCAUCCAACGAAUGAGCGACUGGACGGGGGGAUAUUAUAGGGAAUAGAAUUUUACCCCCAAGGAAAAGUGCCCUUUAGCGAUCGAAUCGAAGGAGGCCCUAAUCCCUCGCUCUACCGCCUUGACUGUCUCUGUUUCUCUCUAAACGUCGGCCAGUUUUUCUGCUGCCAAGUUUUUUUUGCUUGUACGGUACGGUGUUGAGGCAGACCUACCACCACUACUACCACCACCACGACUACCACCGCUACUACUUCAACUCCCACCACCACCUGGCCGCCUUUGCUAUCAUAGCUGAUUAUCACUACCACCGGCAAAAGUAUGAACUCGGUCAUGUCACCUCCAGCUACAAAACCACCUCGCCGUCGCGGUCCCAGAGGAGGCAGAAGACACAACAAUAAUAAUAACAGCGGAGACCAGGAUGUCACCAAUCGCCAAGGAACCACCAAUCACUCGAAUACUCCCCGCUACUCUCCGUCGACAACCGCCCCUCCUGGCGCUACUCAGCGCCAGCUCUACGUCCCACCACCUCACUCCCCUUCCGUUCCGAGAGUCCAAAUCUUGAAGCCCUCCGCUGCACCUCCUCCCCCACCCGCACCGCCGGCCACUAGAACCACCGUACUGGUCUGCGGGCGACAGCCCCCACCAGCACCGAUCCAGACCCGCCGCUCGCCUAUAUCGACCAUCGUCGCUAUUGUGGAGGAGGACGAGGACAACGACAAGGACAACGACAAAUCCUCCCUCCCGGCAUCGCCACCACCACUUGCGUCCCCGAAGCCAGCACCCGCACCGCCCCCGCCACCACCCUUUGAGGCCCCAGAUCACAAAAUUCUGAUCCGCGAGCGCCAGUCCCAGAUAGCCGCAUACCUAUCUCGCUGGGACGUGCGCUUCGCCCUCGCGUCAGCAAAAGGCGCUUACGAGGCGGAACCUAAUCCCGGAAGGCGCCUGCCCUGGACCAUUGAAAACAACAGUGUCGAUGGCGCGGGGUGGAGGCCCUGGGGAGAGUACUUGCACACCGGACAUAGGGGAACUUGAGGAAAACCUUUGCCCUCUUCUCUUCUCUCUUUUUUUUCCCCACCCGAUAACUUUAAUGGAGGAAAUUUGAUUGAUUGGUUGACUGAUUGGUUUUUCACUUUUGAGGAAAUGGCUUGGAGUUUAACUCGCCGCGUGAAGGUUAAGAAAUGGAAGGAAGGAAGGGAGGGAAGCAGGAUGGUGGGAAUGACGGCUUCGAACACGGGAGACGUUCGUUUUCUUUACACUUAGUGGCUCGGGAAUUACAAUGAACCGUGGACCGCGGCGGGGAGUGUAGGGAAGGGAAGGGGGGGGGGACGGACAUCUCUUUGCGAUGCUGUUUUUUUUUUCUUUUUUGACGAUGAUGGUGAUGUGCGGGGAUGUUUUGUUUCUUGCUGUCGGAGGCUGGGUUGCCCGAGGAGCGAUGAGCGAGUGGGGGAUGGGCGGGAAGGAAGGGAGGGCUAUCCUGAGUGGUUCCAAUUAGAGGGUGAGUGGAUGCGUGGGGUCAUUACAGCGUUGCGGAUGCUUGAGUGGUAAGAGGUUGGGGGAGGAGGAGGAAGGAAGCCGUUCACUCCUUAUGCUUCCCCACACACGUCAUUUCAGAGUGCGCACACCACUCGCACUGUCAUAACUAGCUAGCAUACUUACCACAUUAUACUGUACAACUAAAAAAAAAUUAAAUUGCUUCCUAUCUCAUCCUU